AUGGUUGAUGAUUUCUUGAUGGAAGCAAUGAUUUGCCCCAUUUGUCGUAUGGUAUUUCAAGCACCAGAACAGUUGCAGUGCGGUCAUUCAUUCUGUUCAACUUGUAUAGGCCGUCUAUGCCAAGCUUUUGUAUUCAGUGAUCGAUUUCCAACAUGUCCAUUAUGUCGUAUGCGAAUUACUGAAAAACCGGUAUCUAAUUACACUUUGAGCAGUCUAAUAUCCCGAUUAAAGGAAAAGGAAUCUAUGUCCAAGAAAUGCGUUCAGUGUUCCAAAAUGUUAACAUCUGAGGAACAGUUUUCUUGUGAUGACUGUGACCACGCUGAUCGAGAGGAGAAUGUUCGAUGCACUCUCUGUAUCAUAGAAAAACAUGCAAAGAUUGGGCACUCCAUAUCUAAAUAUGGAGACACUAAACAGUUGAUUAAUUCUGCACAAGAAGAACUAAAAGUAAUACUUAAAAAGACGACACAAUUUCUAGAGGAUUGUAGAAGAGUUACCAGGGAGCGUUUUGAUGUUAUCAAUGAAUUGUUCAAACUGCUCUCUGCGCACUGCUCUGAGUUCAAAUUGCUUGAGCAGUCUUUGCAAGAAGGAAAUUUUCAAUCAAAAAAAACCAUUGGUUUGAAAUUAGAGCAUGCUCGACGUCUGCAUGAAUUUUACCGCAAGUUUCGUUUUUUGAUUUUCAUGUCAUGUAUUUGUUAA